GCGAGCGGGGCCGCGCGGCGAGGCGGGAUGUUGGUGUUAGUACUAGGGGACUUGCACAUCCCGCACCGAUGCAGCGGUCUGCCGGUGAAGUUCAAGAAGCUGCUGGUUCCAGGAAAGAUUCAGCACAUCCUGUGUACGGGAAACCUCUGCACUAAGGAGAGCUACGACUACCUCCGGACUCUGGCUGCGGAUAUUCAUGUUGUUAGGGGGGACGCUGAGAGUCUGAAUUAUCCUGAGGAGACGGUUGUAACUGUUGGGCAGUUCAGAAUUGGGUUGAUUCACGGCCAUCAAGUUAUUCCCUGGGGUGAUGUUGCCAGCCUGGCUUUGCUACAGAGGCAGCUGGAUGUGGACAUUCUCAUCUCGGGACACACGCACAAAUUUGAAGCCUUUGAACAUGAAAACAAAUUCUAUAUCAACCCAGGAUCAGCAACAGGCGCCUACAAUGCUUUAGAGAUAAAAAACAUUCCUUCCUUUGUACUGAUGGAUAUCCAGGCAUCCACGGUUGUGACUUAUGUAUAUCAACUAAUUGAGGAGGAGGUGAAAGUAGAAAGAAUCGAGUUCACGAAGUCCUGAAGCAUAUCUGCAUGCACUUACAACUUCUCACCCCUUCUCCUUGUUUCUCUUCCCACUUCUGUCUAACCGGAGGGAGGCCACGAGGGGGGGCUGCAGCAGCACCUUGCACUGUAACUCGGGCAUGAUGCUGCCGCUGCUGCUUGUGCCAGGUUUGGCCCUGGCUCCCGAGCACGCCUUGAAGUGCGGGGAGCUGCUGAGGAGCAGCAAAGCACUCAUGGGAAAUGCUGCGUGUCUCAGAAGGUGCUGCUGCUUUGCUGGCCUCAAGGUGUCACAGGUGGUGGUAGCUUGGGAUUGGAGUUCUCAUGUAAAGCUGUACCGGAAUAAAUCCCUCUCCUGCUGCA